AUGUAUUUCGUGUUUCAUGAUUAUUUUGAAGAAUACCCGUACUGCUCAUGUUUGUUACGACUUUUCAGGGCCAUUUGGAGCACAUUCAUGAUUGCGCAAGUUCGGGAUGCGUUUGUGGAUGCUUUGGAGCUUAAUUGGAGUCUAGACCAAGGAGGGAUGCCGGGAAAUGAUCAAGAACUGCUUGGAAGGAGAAAUGACAAUCAAAAGAGCCAAAAAUUAGUAACAUGUGAUCGCAGGUAUGCCCUUGCUAUUGCAGGUUGGUUAAUUUGCAUCGAAAUGGCAACGUACUUCAUUAAAAAGUCUCGUGACUCGUUUCGGGUAAAACCUGCAAUCGCAAGUUGUCCCUUUGCGAUCGCAGAGGCGAUGUUCAGAGGUUUACAAGUGAAGAACGCAAAUCUUUCGAUUCUAAUUCAUAGUUUAGUAAGAUUUAUCGUUUAG